AUGAGGAGAAGCAUUGAGGCGUCAACCACCCUCAGUUUCAGCUUUCAUGUGAAAUUCGAUGCCAACAAAGACGCUCUUGCUGAACAGAACAGACUCUAUGGUUCUCUUCCCCAGUGUCUAGCCAGCUUCUCGGCCCGACUAAAAUCGAACUUUUCAUCCUCUUCUGUUCCCUCUGCGUCGUCGUUUCACUUGCUUUUAAACUCAACUCUUUCAUGGGCUGGAACCCCCACCUCCCUUCCUCCGUCUCUUCCCCCUUCAGGUUCUCAUAUAGAAAUUGUGAAGACAUUGCAAUGUCCUUGCUGGUCGCCGAUGCCACUGCUGCUCCUCCAAAUUUGGGUUAAAGGGAAAGUAUAUGAGAUUGGAUCCUCAGGCAUUAAGCAGUCUAAAAGGGCAUCCUGCUAGAAGAGAUAACUGCCUCAAUGAUUCUACAUCAGUGCCUCUUGUCUCAAACCAAUGUCAAAAGCCGUGGAUGCAAGACACGAAUGGUUCUGGUAAUGACUUCUUCCAUUUAUUUGGGUUACCGCACUCUUCUGAUCAAUGCAAUCACACUUGGCAUAGCCUUUUAUGACAGUCCUUUCGUUGUUGUGUUCUUUCAAGAUCACCACUCUUAUUUUUAAUGCAGCUAGCUAACAUAAUGACUGUUACUGA